CUGCAUGACUUCAGAACCACAUCAGUCCGCACUUUGUUCUGAGUUACCUCCAAGAUGAUAUUCAUUCUCCUCGUCGCAGUCUCCGCUGCUAUCAAUGUAGUCAAUUGCGAGGACGUAUACAGUUCCAAAUUCGACAACAUAGAUGUUGAUGCCAUUAUGAAAAAUGAGAGAUUAUUGCAGAACCAUAUGAACUGCCUCAUUGAUGGAAAAGCAUGUACGCCAGAAGCUGAAGAACUGAGAAAACAUAUACCUGAGAUAAUGGAGACCUGCUGUGCAAAAUGUUCUGACAAACAGAAAGAAGGAGCAAAGAAAAUGACGGAGUUCCUGAAGGAACAUAAGCCAGAACUUGUGAAGAAAAUUUUGGACAAAUACGAUCCUGACAGAAAAUACAUCGAGAAGUGCACGGAACAACUCAAAGCAGGCGGUUUCGAUCUUAGUAGCUUUUGAUUUAUAUGAAUAAUAUGCCUUGAGAAAUAUCUAAUAAAUGAGCAUGAACAUGAAA